AUGAGUGUAUUGAACCGGAUUGGCCUGAAGUCGCUCUACGCUUUGACGUGCCCCGGCCAAGGUAUAGUCAGGGCCGGUCUUUUAGACCCCAACAAGCGGCACCUUCCUUUAUUCCAGCGUGACCUUGACGAGUUGGACUCGGCAUUGGGACAAAAGUUUUCGCAGCAUCUUUUCCUCAACGGCGCGCCUAACAAUAACGAGCAGUUCUUGCAGCACACCAGCAACGCUCAGCCGGCAAUCUUGGCCUCCACUUACAUCACGUUGAAGGUUUUCGACACGGUCUACCCCGGUGUCAAUUUGCUCGGUAAUGCUCGGUUUUUGCUUGGCCAUUCGUUGGGUGAGUACACGGCCUUGUUGCUCAGUGGGGUGAUUGAUUUCACGACUGCCGUGAGGUUGGUUCGACUACGAGGCGAGCUAAUGGAGAAGUUGGUCGAGAGAAGGAGCGCAGAGAGUGAGGAGAAGAAGGAGUAUGGGUUGGUUGCAUUGAUGGCGAGACCGGGCGACCUGUUUGAACAAGUGCUCGAUGCCGCGCGGCAACAGGGCGUAUUGGGGAACAUCAACUCCAGAUCGCAGAUUGUCAUCUCGGGAGAGAUUGCAGAGUUGGACAAGUUUGUCGAGUCCUUCAAGGCUGCAGGCAAUAGCAGAGCCAUCUUGAAAAAGGUUUCCUUGCCCGUGAACAUCCCCUUCCACAGUGAAAUCCUCAAGGAGAUUGUUCCAGAAUUGAGGUCUUUUCUCAAGGGAAAGACGCGUGAGCAGAAAAUCCCCAUAGUGUCCAAUCUUGACGGAUCGGUCUCCGCCACUGCUGAAGAAUCGGUGGAAAAGACAUUGGUGGCCAACUACCUGCCUGUGCAAUGGUUGAAAUCGAUGGAGCUGCUCCCAAAGCUAGGGGUGGAUACUGUGUUUAAUUUGGGCCCCGGUAACCUCAUCCAUAACAUCAAUUGCAAAUUCAAACUCGAAAACUGUUUGAUCGAUGAGAUUCCUUAG